GGAGUUGAGGCAGAAGCCAGGUGAGGCUGGAAUCCUGGGGGUAGGCAGGCUGUCGCUGCCGCUGCCUGAGAUGGAAAUCGGGGGAGGAAGCUCGCGGAAGAAAAGAGGAGGGUCGUGGAAACAGAGCAAUGGCUGAGCUAGGGAUGAGGUACCAGUCAGAAUGGUGGCGCCUUCGCUGAAGCUUCAGGACCUCAUCGAAGAGAUUCGCGGGGCCAAGACUCAGGCCCAGGAGCGGGAGGUGAUCCAAAAGGAGUGCGCCCACAUCCGGGCCUCCUUCCGCGAUGGGGACCCUGUGCACAGGCACCGGCAGCUGGCCAAACUGCUCUACGUCCACAUGUUGGGCUACCCCGCCCACUUUGGACAGAUGGAGUGCCUGAAACUGAUCGCCUCCUCCAGAUUCACAGACAAGAGGGUGGGCUACCUGGGGGCCAUGCUUCUAUUGGAUGAGAGGCACGAUGCCCACCUGCUCAUUACCAACAGCAUCAAGAAUGACCUGAGCCAGGGGAUUCAGCCAGUACAAGGCCUGGCCUUGUGCACUUUGAGCACCAUGGGCUCUGCUGAGAUGUGCCGAGACCUGGCCCCAGAGGUGGAGAAACUGCUCCUGCAGCCCAGUCCCUACGUACGCAAGAAGGCUAUUCUGACUGCAGUGCACAUGAUCCGGAAGGUCCCUGAACUCUCCAGUGUCUUCCUCCCACCCUGUGUCCACCUGCUUCACGAGCGUCACCAUGGUAAGGCUGUGGGGCUCCCCAUCCUUUGCUUCAGCUCUGUGGACAGAAGAAUUGAAAAUCGGAUGGGAACACCAGCUCAUAGGAGAAGGGUAGCGCACACACACAGGCACACACGCAAUAGACUCUCUUGCCCCUGGCCCCCACCAUUCACUUCCCCGACCCUAACCCCAGGCAUCCUGCUGGGCACCAUCACGCUGAUCACGGAGCUCUGCGAACGAAGCCCUGCAGCCCUCAGGCACUUCCGAAAGGUGGUACCCCAGCUGGUACAGAUCCUCCGGACUCUGGUGACAACGGGAUACUCCACAGAGCACAGCAUAUCUGGAGUUAGCGACCCCUUCCUGCAGGUCCAAAUACUUCAUCUGCUUCGGAUCCUGGGCCGGAACCACGAGGAGAGCAGUGAGACCAUGAAUGACUUGCUGGCCCAGGUAGCCACUAACACAGACACCAGCCGAAACGCCGGGAACGCGGUCCUGUUUGAGACAGUACUCACCAUCAUGGAUAUCCACUCUGCGGCUGGCCUACGGGUUCUAGCUGUCAACAUUCUUGGCCGCUUCCUACUCAACAGUGACAGGAACAUUAGGUAUGUAGCCCUGACAUCAUUGCUUCGACUGGUGCAGUCUGAUCACAGUGCUGUGCAGCGGCAUCGGCCCACUGUGGUGGAUUGUCUGCAGGAAACUGAUGCCUCCCUCAGCCGGAGGGCCCUGGAACUAAGCCUGGCUCUGGUAAAUAGCUCCAAUGUGCGAGCCAUGAUGCAAGAGCUACAGGCCUUUCUGGAGUCCUGCCCUCCUGACCUACGGGCUGACUGUGCCUCAGGCAUCCUGCUAGCUGCAGAGAGGUUUGCUCCCACCAAACGCUGGCACAUAGACACCAUCCUGCAUGUGCUGACAACGGCGGGCGCCCAUGUGCGGGAUGAUGCAGUGGCCAACCUGACCCAGCUGAUUGGGGGGGCCCAGGAGCUACAUGCCUACUCUGUGCACCGCCUCUACAAUGCCCUGGCAGAAGACAUUUCCCAGCAACCACUGGUGCAGGUGGCAGCCUGGUGCAUUGGGGAAUAUGGGGACCUCCUGCUGGAGGGGAACUGUGAGGAGAUUGAGCCCCUUCAGGUGGACGAAGAGGAGGUACUGGCAUUGCUGGAAAAGGUGCUGCAGUCCCAUAUGUCCCUGCCAGCCACUCGAGGAUAUGCCCUCACAGCCCUCAUGAAACUCAGCACUCGCCUCCAAGGGGACAAUAACCGCAUCCGCCAGGUGGUGUCCAUCUACAGGAGCUGCUUGGACGUGGAGCUGCAACAGCGGGCUGUGGAGUAUGACACACUCUUCCGGAAGUACGAUCACAUGAGGGCUGCCAUCCUGGAAAAAAUGCCUCUUGUGGAGCGAGAUGGCCCUCAGGCUGAUGAGGAAGCAAAGCAAAGCAAAGAAGCAGCCCAACUUUCAGAAGCAGCCCCAGCACCCACAGAGCCCCAGGCCUCACAGCUCCUGGAUCUGCUAGAUCUCCUGGAUGGGGCUUCUGGGGAUGCCCAGCAUCUUCCCCCUCUGGACCCCUCCCCAGGAGUUGCCCUGGUAUACCUGCUUGACCUUCCCUGUGCACCUCCACCCCCAGCUCCCAUCCCAGAUCUCAAAGUGUUUGAGCGUGAGGGAGUACAGCUGAAUCUGUCUUUCAUUCGACCCCCUGAAAACCCUGCUUUGCUGUUAAUCACCAUCACUGCCACCAACUCCUCAGAGGGUGAUGUCACCAAUUUCAUCUGCCAGGCUGCUGUGCCCAAGAGUCUCCAGCUGCAGCUGCAGGCCCCUAGUGGGAACACAGUUCCAGCUCAGGGUGGCCUUCCUAUCACCCAGCUCUUCAGAAUCCUCAAUCCUAACAAGGCCCCCCUGCGGCUAAAGCUGCGCCUCACCUACAACCACUUUCACCAGUCAGUGCAGGAGAUCUUUGAGGUGAACAACUUGCCUGUGGAAUCGUGGCAGUAACUGUUUCCAUCACAGCCUGAAAUUCUCCUGUGUCCCAAACCCCAGGGGGCCCCAGCCGCUUGAAACCUACACCUGAGGGCUACCAGCAGGUGGCACUCUGGCUCUGCACUGCAAAACCUGGGGACCAGCCCCCUUCUCCCCCAAAUAAAGCCCAAUAAAGCUUGAGAGGGGAGGAAAGCCAUA